CUCAACCGCCAACUAAGUUACGAUCUGCAAUGUCACGCAGGGGAAGUUUCGCACCACUUUAUUUAUAGGAAACUGGAUUCGCGUCUCCACACGUCCGGGUGCCGCCUGGCUGUGCGGCCUGAAAUGAGACGCGCCCGCGGCUUUUGACGGGAAUUCCGCUUGUUUUUUUGUUUUUUUUUUACCCCCCCCGAGCCGCAGCCGAACGUCGCCUCAUGUUUUCGUCGAGCCAGGAGGAGCACUGCGCCCCGUCCAAAGACCCGGUGAAGUACGGGGAGCUGGUGGUGCUCGGGUACAAUGGCUCCCUGCCCAACGGAGACCGCGGUAGACGGAAAAGCAGAUUUGCUCUGUACCGGAGGACCAAAGCCAACGGUGUGAAGCCCAGCACUGUGCACAUCCUCAACUCGCCGCAGGCCAGCAAGGCGGUGAGCUGCAAAGGCCAGCACAGCAUCUCCUACACGCUGUCCAGGAACCAGACGGUGGUGGUGGAGUACAGCCAUGACAAGGACACCGACAUGUUCCAGAUCGGCCGUUCCACCGAGAGCCCCAUAGACUUCGUGGUCACCGACACGAUCGCUGGAGGCCAGGAGGGGGAGGAGACUCCCAUCACGCAGAGCACCAUCUCCCGCUUCGCCUGCCGGGUCGUCUGCGAGCGCAACCCGCCCUUCACCGCCCGCAUCUACGCAGCCGGGUUCGACUCCUCCAAAAACAUCUUCCUCGGGGAAAAAGCUGCGAAAUGGAAAAACCCUGACGGUCACAUGGACGGCCUGACGACCAACGGCGUGCUGGUGAUGCACCCCAAGGGCGGCUUCACGGAGGAGUCCAAGCCGGGCGUGUGGCGGGAGAUCUCGGUGUGCGGCGACGUGUACACGCUGCGGGAGACGCGGUCGGCCCAGACGCCGGGGAAGCUGGUGGAGAACGAGAGCAACGUCCUGCAGGACGGCUCCCUGGUGGACCUGUGCGGCGCCACCCUGCUGUGGCGCACGGCCGAGGGCCUGUUCCACACGCCCACCCAGAAGCACCUGGAGGCGCUGCGGCAGGAGAUCAACGCGGCGCGGCCGCAGUGCCCCGUGGGCCUCAACACGCUGGCCUUCCCCAGCAUGCAGCGCAGCCGCGCCCUGUCCUCGCUGGAGGACAAGCAGCCCUGGGUGUACCUGGCGUGCGGCCACGUGCACGGCUACCACAACUGGGGCCACCGCUCGGAGCAGGAGCCCAACGCGCAGCGCGAGUGCCCCAUGUGCCGGGUGGUGGGGCCCUACGUGCCGCUGUGGCUGGGCUGCGAGCCCGCCUUCUACGUGGACACGGGCGCACCCACGCACGCCUUCGUGCCGUGCGGACACGUGUGCUCGGAGAAGUCGGUCAAGUACUGGGCGGAGAUCCCGCUGCCCCACGGCACCCACGCCUUCCACGCCGCCUGCCCCUUCUGCGCCACGCAGCUCAGCCUCGCCCAGGGCUGCUCCAAGCUCAUCUUCCAGGGCCCGGUGGACUGAGCCGCGCCGCCGCGCACGGCAGGCGCCAACACGCUGUGAAACUGUCGACAUUAUUUAGUCCACUGUGAGACGCGGAGCGCCGGACUACCGGUUCGGCUCUCCUGCCGGCCGAGCGCCCGCCGGGUUCAAGACGGCCGGAAAGAGCCGAGGUCGCCGUAGCAAGGAGCCGAUUUCACUCACGAUUCAGACUGAACCAAAUAGCCGGGAGGC